AUGGAAUAUGGACCUAUUUGCACUCCUGGUAACAAAUGGCACGGGGCUGGUCAUCCCAUGAAUGUUUGGUCCUCAUCUGAGGUGGCGGAACAGGGAACAACAGAUACCUCCUCCAAGUCGUUUGUCCUAGAUAGGUCGUUAUUUCUAGGUGCGGAUCCAGUGGGCAGUGUGGCUAAAUUAGCUGAAUUUUUAGGGCUUCCCAGAAAUGACCAACUCUUUGAAGCUAUUGCUGACCAAUGCAGUUUCGACAAAAUGAAGGAAGCUAAACCUGGUCCCAAAUUGAAAUCCCCCAAUGAAUCAAUUUACCGUAAAGGUAUCGUUGGAGACUGGAAGAAUUGGUUCACAGUUUCUCAAGAAGAGAGAUUCCAAGUGGAGUGCGACGAGUUUGACAAACAGUCUACAUUGUUUAGUACUAAGUGCUAA